AUGCAGGCCAUCGAGGUUCCUGUGAUCUGUGCGCCCCUGUCCCGGCCCAGCCUGCCUGCCUCUGUGAUGGCGGAGCUGUCUCACCUCCCGAUGGCUGGCCGCCCUCCUCCCGAUGAGCCGCUGCACGUGCACAUCCUCGUCGGUAUGGACUACUACUGGAGUAUGCGAGUCAUUUUCGGAGCGGCGUGCUCGCCGUUCUUGCUGAUCGCGACCAUCCAGUACCAUCUGGAGAAGUAUCCACCCUCUCGCGCUGUCCGAGAGCUCCAGACUUCUCUGUACAUGGACGACUUUGUGUCUGGGUGUGAUACCGAGCAGGGUGCUCGUGAGCUGCUCACCGAGGCCCAGUCUAUCCUCAGUGACGCUGGGAUGGAGCUCACGAAGUGCACUUCCAACAGUGAGCUCGUACUCGAUCGAACUCACGCGCUGGCCGGCAGUCCUGAGGACGAGAGCGUGAAGGUUCUCGGACUGAGAUGGCUACCUGAUAGGGACGUGUUCGUGUUUGAGGAUGUCAGCCUGCCUGACAAUGUGGUGCCCACCAAGCGAGUCUUGUUGAGUCUGAUCGCGAGGUUGUUUGAUCCGAUGCAGUGGCUGGCUCCUCACACAAUGGUGGCAAAAUGUCUGUUUCAGGACCUGUGGCGGAUCGGUCUGGGCUGGGACGAGAUCCUGCCUCCUGAGCUUUGUGACGUGUUUUCUGACUGGGUGAGAGGACUGGAGGUCCUGAAGCAGAUGGAGAUUCCUCGGAGCUACUUCAGCUCAGGUUGGAACGGUGGGGAGAGUGUAAGCCUUCACGCCUUUGGUGACGCCUCGCCAAAGGGAUACGGGGCGGUGGUCUAUGUGUGUGCUCCUCGUGAGGAUGGCUCUCGUGACGUGUGUCUGGUCAUGGCGAAGGCACGUGUGGCGCCGAUCGCCGCUCACACUCUGCCUCGUUUGGAGCUGUUGGGCAGCCUGCUGGCGGCCAGGCUGGUGGUGUUCGUCCGGCGGGCACUGCAGCUGCCGGAGACCACGCCCUCGCUCUGCUGGACUGACAGCAGAAUUGUCCUCGGCUGGGUACAGGCGGACCCAGCGAGAUGGAAACAGUUCGUGUCGAACAGGACGGCUCUGCGGCUCAGCAGAGCGCAGAUGAGACUGAGGAGGAGUCGGCAGCUCUGA